GGUAGCUAACUUGCAGCUCAGAUAGCACGUUCUUAGACCAUGCCUUCAAUUCCUCUGGACAUUUUCAGUUCCUCCGACGGGUUCAAACUUUACAUUAAAACAUACCCUCUUGUUCCCGGCUUCGUUUUAGUUGGAUGGUAUGUCGAAAUUCCAAAUCUGAAAAGCGAUUUGCCCAACUUUAGAAACUCCCGACAUGGAACGGCGACUGAGGCGAUUCAAAGCCUAGAACACGGUGGACAACAGAUUAUCUUCAGCGAUCAUGGCAUACUUUUCUUAUCGGGUAUAUUACGCAGCGAAAAAUACUACGAAAAGGUCAUGCUCAGGAGGGACCGACAUAUAGUUUCCGAAGAAGUUGGUAUCGUUAGGGGAGAUCCGAUUGUUGCUUUUAGCAGGGCUUUCGAGCGCCUCCGGAUAGAUGAGGAUAUGGAGCAAGAUCAUACAACGUACAUCGAUCUUGUCAAUCAUGAUCUUACCAAAUCAGGCUGUUUGGAACUGAAACAUCAUCAAUGGCAAGCUUCACAUGGUCGAUCUGCUGAUUUUAACAGGAGGAAAAGACCUAGGCAUGCACAUUCAUCCAAGUGUUCGAGAAGAAAAGGCAGCUCCUACAAGGAAUGUGACGAAGUACCUGCUGUGAAACAGAAAAAGACUCGGUCUGCAGCGUCCAGAUCACACAAAUCUACACAGCGGCAGGCUCCUCAGGUCCCAGUCGAGCAAGAGCACCCUAUAAUGCCACUGACUGAGAAGAACCUUAGUGCAGUUGCCGAAAGCUAUGAUAGCCAAGUCGGUGCGCAAACUCAUAAAAGCAGACGUGAAGUCGAAGCGACACCUAGUAAAAAGUCUCGUCCGAAAUCAGGGGGCGCUAUUACAUUACAUGGCGCAGAUUCAGAUCAUGGUGUCGAAUCAAGAUAUCCUUCACCGCGGUCCCGUGCAAGAUCCGUAUCAUCUGAUUCUUAUACUUCGUCGGACUCAGGUACAAGGUCAUCGACUACAUCAUCUUCAUCCAGAUCUUCCUAUACAAGCUCCCGGUCCAGAUCAAAGGACGCCCUUAAUCUAGACAUAGCAGGCCGCGAAGUUCAUGUGCUUUUUGGAUCAGGUCGAACGCAUCCACCACCAGCUAGUGACGACGGUCAAACAGUUUAUAACAUCAAAGUAAGGGAACAGAAGAAGCGUCCAGAAUAAACCACAUCGCCGACAUGAUUCUGUGAUUAAUUCCCAAAAUGCGCCUAGGUUUCUGUCUGCCA